AUGGCGAACAGUACGAGCACUGUCCCCUCUCAGCUCACCCUGCCCAACGGCGAGACCGUAAGAGUUAACGAUCAUGUUUAUUGGUGCCAACCUUGGGCUCGGCGGGACAGCGUACCGUUCAGCAUAGGCCGCAUCAUGGAGUUCUUCUAUGAUACGUCCCCUGAACACGCCGAGUCGUCUUCGGCCGCUACUUCCUCUGCCCGGGGGAAAACAAGGCAACAGUCCGGUCACGACUCUCGACUCCGAAUUCGGAUUAACACCUACUAUCGCCCACCGGACGUGCUUGAACGCGCCCCGGUCAACCCCGACGUGCGGUACCUCUACGCGGCCAUCUUCUCGGACGUCGCAGAGCUCAGCUGGUUGCGCCAGAAAUGCUAUGUGCAACACCGAGAUAGGAUCACGGAUUUGGCAGGUUGGAAGCGCCGGCCGGACAGAUUCUAUUUCAACAAGCUUUUCGACCCGUAUGUCAAGCGCGAGUUCGAGGUGUUCCCCGCAAAGGAAGUUCGCAAUGUCCCGGAGAACGUGCGUGAUGUACUAGUCGACCGGUACGAGUACGUCGUAGCGGAGAAGGAGGUGAUACCCGACUUGACCGACGACAUGCGUACUUGCGAAACCUGCACAAAGUGGGCGUCCGCUCCCGAGUCUUUGCCCUGCGAUCGCUGCCACAAGUACUUCCACUUGCAGUGUGUCUCUCCACCGCUGAACGCAAAACCGACGCGCGGAUACGGCUGGACGUGCGCGGUCUGUUCUCGCGCUCGAGAAGAGCCUAUGGAGGUCCAGACUUCGUCGCGACGCGGAGCGACACCUCAGAAGCCACGGUCGACUGCCCAACCUCACAAUGCUCCGCGGCCCCGAGGGCGCCCUCGCAAGGACAGGACCGUCGCAGAGAAGGAGGAGAGUAUGCCGCUCAGAUGCUUCAAAGGUUGGCCGUGGCGGUAUUUCGGGUUGUACACACGAGCAGAAGAUACGCUCGACGCCGAUGACCCUAUCUUCCCUCGCAUGGCGACCCGGAUAGGGCCCAAGUAUCAAGCUGUAUGUCCGCGCAUUGGCAGACCAGCACUCAAAGACACGGAAGAGCGCGGCGAAUCCGGUACACUGGAGAUCUUAUCAUGCGUGGACAAGAUGACCGAGCAGGAAGUUGCUGAAUUCGAGGCUUGCAAGGCCAAACUAGGGCCCAAUGAGAAGCUGCGGUCACAUGUAGACUGGCUGACCGAGGUCACCUACCGCCUCAGUGAGAAGUAUCUCGCGAAACAGCCGAUGAAGGACGCAUCGAUGAAGAACGUGUAUCGUCAGCGGAAGUGGAAGAAGGACGCGACGCGCUACAUCGACCGCGAGUGGACACAACAGGAGCGCGUUGCCUUCGAGGACGGCAUCGCUCAGUACGGGCCGGAGCUGCGCGCAAUUCGGGAUGAAGUCGGCACUCAAGACAUCUUCGCGACCGUGCGCUUCUACGGGCAUUGGAAGAACGAGCGUCUCGGCCAGGAAUGGGACUUGCAGCGGAAAGGUCAACCUGUGCCGACCCCCGACGUAAAUAUGAGGCGUGCUGGAGAAUCAGACGACGAAGGCUCGUUCAUCACGAAACCUCGAAAGGACGUUUCCUGUGGCGCUUGCCGCACCAAGGAGAGCAAAGUUUGGAUGAAAGGCCCGAAGGCGCUCAUCCCGUCAUCCCUCUGCGAAACAUGCGGCAUGAAGUGGCGCAAGUACGCGGACCUCAAGCAGGAGGACCCUAAGGAGAAGGAGGCCGAAAAGGAGAAGGAAAGAGAAAAGGAAAAAGAGAAAGAGAAGGGCAAGAAGCGUGAUAGGGAGGUCACCCCGGUGCACAGCAACACGAAGCGCGCGAAGACUUCUCAUCCCAGCACGGUUACCCCUCCUCCCGGAGGCAGCGCCCAUCCUCAGAACCGUUGCGCCGCCUGUCAUAAGAACGGGCCCGUCGGGCGCGUUCUGAAAUGCACUGGUUGUGGCGUCAAGAUGCACGCCGGUGCCUGCGGUGUCAUUCCCGAGCACGGGCUCGCCAAUUCAUGGCUUUGUGAUCUUUGCGAGAACGAGCGGUCCGGCGAGGCCUCCCUGAACACCGAGUGUGUACUCUGCCCGCCGCCGAGAGCGCCAAAGAAGAACGGGAAGGGUAAAGAAACGGAUAAAGACAGGGAUGUUGAUUCAUUCCUUCGCGCUUGUAAACCGACCGAGGGUCAGUGCUGGGCUCACGUCCUCUGCUCGGUGUUCAUCCCGGAGGUCGCGUUUUCCGACGCGUCUCGCCUACGGCUGGUUGAGGGAGUCAGCACGGUCCCGCAAGAGCGCUGGGAGACUCGUUGCGUGAUCUGCAAGCGCGAAGGCGGCGCAGUGGUUCGGUGUGUGGACUGUGUGGACGAGUAUCACGUCUCUUGCGCAUGGCAGAAAGGGCACAAGUUCGGCUUUGAGAUUCGCGAGAACAAGGCCGCCCAGCGCGCAUCGAUCCAGGUCUCGUUCAAGAAUGGAUCUGGCGCCAUGCACGCUAUCAUCCGGUGCAAGGGCCACGACAACAUGCAGGGCAACAAGGUCAAGUUCUUCGACAUCUGUGAGACGAACGAGUUCGGAGAGACUGCGCUACAGGUCUAUUGUCGCAACUACAAGCAAGUUCACGUUGCUCAGUCGCACGGUCUUCUUCGAAAGGCGCAACGGCUUGACGCCGUCCUGCGCCAACCUGUCAUACAGUCCAAUGCUCCAAAGGGACCUUGCGCCGCUUGCAACGUCGCUGUUACGCCUGCUUGGCACCCUUCUCCCCGCGGCUGCUUCUGCCACGUAUGCUGGGUCGAGCGCGAGAGCCAUCGCGGGACCAACGGACACACCACACACCCUGCUCCUGACGCCAUGGAGGUCGACGGGCCCAUCACGAACGGCGUUCAUGCAGCCUAA